AUGAUGGUGGAAUUUGAGCUUUCGGGUCGUGAGCUUGGGCCGAUCUUCGGGCUCGAAGGAUAUCAGCGAGAUAAUGCUACCCGCAAUGCGUUCUUUGUCGUUGACACGAUAUUUAUCUUUAUCUUCAUGUUGGAGUGGUGCGCCCGCGUUUGGUUCGAGCGGUGGAACUUUGUGAAGGAUUUUGCCAAUCUGUUCGACACCGUCUUGGUGAUGUCUGGAGUUGCGGACCUUGCAAUAAACUUCAGUUUGGCCGAUGCUGGUGGGGCAUCGAAAAGUAUCGUGGUUUUGCGUCUGGUGCGCGCCUUGAAGUCUCUGCGAGCUGUGCGGAUGGUGCGAAGCUUGCGAUUCUUCCAGGGCCUCCGGGUUCUUGUCAAGGCGUGCCAGUGCUUUCUGCCCUCUCUCUGCUGGGCUAUGGUCCUUUUGCUGAUCUUUAUGUCUAUGGGGGCGCUCAUGAUGGGAAACUUGCUGCAAGAUUUCGUGGCCAGCGAAGACAUGGAUUUUGAGGACCGCAAGUGGGUGUGGAUGCGCUACGGAACCGCAUACCGCGCCAUGUAUACCCUUUUUGAGAUCACCUUUGCUGGGAACUGGCCAACAAGCGCCAGACCAGUGCUGGAAAAAGUAAGUCAAUUUUAUGUCUUCUUCUUUGUUCCGUAUAUCACGCUGGUGGUCUUUGCCGUGAUAAGAGUCAUAUCUGCGGUGUUCUUGAAAGACACCUUGGAUGCAGCACAAAAUGAUGCUGAGCAGCUGGUAGUGGACCGCUUGCGUAAAAAGGCUCAAUACGUCGCCAAGCUGGAGAGCAUCUUCAUGGCAAUCGACGAGACGGGUGAUGGAAUCAUUUCAGAGGAGCGGCUCAACCUGAUCCUUCAAAAUCCCAAGGUGGCAGCCUAUCUCGAGACCCUGGAGCUUGAUCUUCAUGAAGGCGUUGCACUUUUCCACCUUUUGGACAAUGGGGAUGGCGAGGUUACGCUUGACGAGUUCAUUGAUGGCAUCAUGAGAUGCAAGGGGCCUGCCAGAGCCAUCGACCAGGUCGCCAUGCAUGCCGACAUCAA